AUGGAGUGCCAUGACACCUCACAGAUACCCAAAUACAUGGAAUUCCUGGAGGAACAAAGACAGAUCCUGAAAGAUGUCCAGUCUCGCAAGGGCCAGCCGGCCAAACCGACAAAGUCCCGCGACGAAAUAAUCAAGCGGUUCAUUCAUUACUACUUCGCGGAGACUAGCUCACCUGUAGACAAGAACGCUAUUCGCACCUCAUUCGUGCCUCCUGCGUACCCACCCUCCAUUGAGGCGUUGAGUGAUUUGAAGAAGGCUCUCAUUAAGGAUCUCACCAUCGAGACUCAUCAUCGUGGCUCUUACACUCUGUUGAGAGCAGUCACUCCAGCAUUCAGAAAGACGGGGAUUAUGGCCGUGGUAGAAGAUGAGGAAGGAGACGUUCUUACGUUGCAAUUGUAUAACCAGGAUAGGGACCUCGUUACUGAUGGGCGGCUCGUUGAUGGGACAAUCAUGCUCAUAAAAGAGCCUUACCUGAAAGUAAUGGGUGAUGGUGAUUAUGGACUGCGGGUCGACCACCUUUCUGAUAUCAGGUUCAUCCUGGAGAAUGAUCCUCUGGUGCCCGCUAUCUGGAGGGACGAGUCAGAAGAUCGUGGCUCUGCUAACUCCUGGAGGAAAACUGGGAACAAUCUCUACGAGCUUAAGGAAUACCAUCUUGCUCUCAAUUGUUAUUCCAAAGCUCUAGAUUGUUCGACGACUCCUAAGGAUGAGCUUGCCCUAAGGCUCAACCGUGCUCAGACAUUCCUCAAAACGAAUCAGUUCGACGCGGCCCUACGUGAUGUCGAGCACAUCCUAUCCAAGGACAAGUUCGUCGAGAAAGCAUUGUUCCGCAAAGCCCAGGCCCUUUACUAUCUUCAGAGAUAUCAGCAGUCCUGUGAUGUUUACGUCGACCUUUGCAAGGCCUAUCCAAACAACGCCACUGCUAAAAGCGAGUUUGCUCGAGCCACAGCACGGCUUUUCGAGCAGCGGACUGGCGAAUACCCAUUUAAACAAAUGCAACAAGAGGCAACGAAGCUUAAGCCCCCGCAUUUCGAUCUUGCAACGUAUAUUGGCCCUGUUGCGGUGAGACCCUCGACCCAUGGACGUGGUUUGUUUACAACACAGGCGGUCCGUGCCGGCGACCUUCUCAUAUGCGAAAAGGCCUUUGCGCAUGCCUUUCAUGACGACGGCGAUAAUACCAACGUUUCGAUAUUGGUGUACGCCGACACAAACAGUAUGAAAGUGGGAACCCAGGCCGAAUUGAAUAGUCUCAUCGCACGAAAGCUGCAAAAGAAUCCAUCGUUGAUUCCAGCAUUCAAUGACCUGUACCACGGCUCAUAUACACCGGUGGGCGUCUCUGAGCGAAUAAUGUCCCUCAAUGGUUUCGGCUGCUCGACCACCUCCCGUACAGCGCAUAUAGCCAGGGUUAAUGCUGACAACAGGGAACCUCACACCGAGGAGGAACAUUUUUAUUCCAGUGGAGUCUGGCGUCUCGCAUCUUACGUAAAUCACUCCUGUUACCCGAACACCCACCGUGCAUUCAUCGGGGACAUGAUGGUAGUUCGCGCUACACAGGACCUUCCCGCAAACACGGAGCUCAAAUUCUGGUACCGAACACCCGUGGAUGAUGGUACUGCAGAAGACAUAUACCAGAAAUAUUGGGGAUUCCAAUGUGACUGCGUUAUCUGUAAGGAUGUGCGCGAAACCGGGGAAGGCAAUAUGGCGAAGCGGAGAGAACUCAUGGCUGCUUCGGACUCGUCUAUGAAUAUCGUAGCUAAGGCCUACGGGUCCUCAUUCAGCCUCCAGGAACAGAGUGUUGCGAUUACUAUGACAGAAGCCGCCAUUGUUAUGAUCGAGAAAACGUAUCGGCGAUCACCCUUGGAAGUGCCUCGUCUUGGGAUCUGUAAAACAGGCUUGUUUUUGGCAGAGGUGCAUGCCACCCACGGCCGUUGGCGGAAAGCCAUUGGAUACGCUAUCAGAACGCUGGAGUCGCUUGGCUACGUGAUUGAAGGUUGGCAAGUUCCGUAUAAGGAAGGUAGAAAGUUACAUGUCAAGCGGUGGGGACUGGCGAUGGAUGUUCUUGUUCGCUGCUGGAUGAUCCUUUGCCGCGCGUAUGGUGAGGUAGCACCUGAGCUUGCUGACCAAGCUGAAUACUACGCGAGAACAACGUACAGAAUAUGCAUUGGUGAGGAUGAAACAUUUGAGGAUACUUAUAAUCGGUCCUCUCACCGAGUCGAUGGAAUGAUUGUGCACGGUUUCGUACAACCUAAUGCUCAUUUUAGUGAUAUCCAUGGUCAUCGUCAAGUAAACCCGAGGAUAAGCGACCCGGGUGUACUUCACAUGAAUGCUGAUAGAAACCCUGUCAGAUCGUACAGGGAUCACUUACAGGGAUCAGAGACUCGCUACUACGCUACGCCAGAUGACUCAUUACUAACAUACACAACGGCAACUAGGUACUAG